AUGUUCUGGUCCGCCCUCCUCGCUCUCUUCGCGGGCGCCAAAGCUUUGCCCCAAUUCGGCGGCGGCGGCGGCGGCGGCAACCGCGUCACCAUGCUACGAUUCGGCUGUGCCCAAGUAGUCAUUGACCGGGUCGAUCCGCUCGUCAACCCGGGCCAGAUCCCCUCUCCCCAUGUGCACCAGAUCGUGGGCGGGAACGGCUUCAACGUGUCGAUGCCUCACACGGACAUUUCCGAGCUUGCCAGCUGCACCACUUGCCAGUUCUCCGAGGACUUCUCCAACUACUGGACGGCGAACCUGUAUUUCAAGGCUCGCAACGGGACCUACAAGCGGGUGCCGCAGGGCGGUGCGGCGUUGCAGUUCAACGACCAGUUCAGCACGCAGAUCAAUGGCGGGGUGUUAGUUUAUUAUGUGUCGGCUGAUCCGGGAAAGAUCACGGCGUUUAAGCCUGGAUUCCGUAUGCUCGUCGGCGACCCGAACAUGCGGUCGAGACCCGACACCAAGUUGAAGAGACAAAACUGCUACCGUUGCUACACCGGUCCCAACUUUGGCGGCGACGUCGGCGCUCCGUGCCAGGAUGACCGAGUGGACUCGGAGGCUCUCCCCAGCAAGCCCUGCCCGGGCGGGAUCCGAUCCAACAUCCACUUCCCAACCUGUUGGGACGGUAAAAACCUCGACUCCCCCAAUCACCGAGACCACGUAGCUUACCCGACCUCCGGGCCUGCCACUUUCUUAUCACUGGGCGGCUCCUGCCCGUCCACGCACCCAGUCCGGAUCCCGCAGCUCAUGUACGAGGUUGUCUGGGACACGACCCAGUUCAACAACAAGGCCGAGUGGCCGGCCGACGGGUCGCAGCCGUUUGUGCUCAGCACGGGCGACGCGACGGGGCUAGGCCAGCACGCCGAUUACGUGUUUGGCUGGAAGGGCGAUUCCCUGCAAAAGGCCAUGGAUACGGCCGGGUGCAUGGGCGCUCGGUGUGCUUCCCUCAAGACGCAGAAGAUUGAGGAUGCGAGGAAGUGCGCGGUCAAGAAGUUGGCUAAGGAGGAAUAUGAUGGCUGGCUUACCAAGCUUCCUGGUAUGGAUAUGCCGAUGUGA